CGAGACAUUCGAAUUGCCAACUCAUUACAAGGAUAUUUCUAAAUUCACCUGCGGUACCGAUAAACUUGAAGAUGAAAAGUCUCAAAAGUUGUUGUUGCAUCUUAUUGAAGAUUUAAAGAUCCGUCGAUCAACAAUCCGCGGUGAUUCAGAAGCUUAUAAUAGCAAAUUUGUGUUACCGUUUCUUGCGGUGGCAAGUUCCGUGUGUGGUGAGAAGGUUAAAAUAUAUCCUGAAGAAUAUAUCCAAGGGAAAUAUGGCCGUGGACCGGUAGAUUUUUGUAUGAGAUUGGAAAAUAUAAUCAUUAGCGUUUUAGAGGUAAAAAAAGAUGAUUUUAUACAAGGUACAGCACAAAUAAUCGUACAGCUUCAUUCAUCGCUUGAGAGCUCUCGAAAGAGAAAACUUGAAGAUAAUGAUUUUGUUAUUGAUAAAGCGUAUGGAAUAGUUACUGACAGUAAAUUAUGGUAUUUUUUCGAGUGUUUUAUGAAUGAUGAUAAACCAGAAUUUAAAAUCCAUUCAGAAGAGGGGACUUCGAUUAAUUGGGGUAGCAAUUUUGAGGAAGGGGUUACCGAG